AAAGACGGGUUUUACGCGGGCUGCUCAAGAUUAGGAGUAUUUGCUUCCUAAAACGACUAAAAAUAGCCUUUCAAGACCUUUAAUAUCGCCUUCUGCCAUUUAAAGUUUUUGAUUUUUCCGAACCCUACGGAACUUCCCGAGAGCAGCAGACUCUCGAUUAGUAUUGCAGCAGCAGCAGCCAGCGUUAAGGUGAAAAUUCAAGAAAAGUGCACCACAACGUGUUUGUGAGCAGUGAAGAACGUGUGCCUGGUAAAAAGUGAUCGAAAAGUGUUCUACAGUGCAAUAGAUUGUGACUAAAGCAGGAAAACCCCGCAACACAAAAUGCCUCAGACGAACGGAUUCGCUUCAAGCUCCUCAAACGGACACAGCGGCUACGAAAUGGAGGAUGGAUGCUCAUUCCUCUUUACAUCGGAAUCGGUCGGUGAGGGACAUCCGGACAAAAUGUGCGAUCAAAUUAGCGAUGCUAUUCUUGAUGCACAUCUGGAACAGGAUCCCAAUGCCAAGGUGGCAUGUGAAACAAUUUCUAAAACUGGCAUGAUUCUACUUUGUGGUGAAAUCACUUCCAAGGCAGUCAUCGACUAUCAGCGCGUUGUACGCGAAACUGUCAAGCAUAUUGGCUAUGAUGAUUCAUCAAAAGGUUUCGACUAUAAAACAUGCAACGUGUUGCUCGCACUGGACCAACAAUCACCCAACAUUGCCGCCGGUGUGCAUGUUAACAGGCCCGAGGAAGAAGUCGGUGCAGGUGACCAGGGGCUUAUGUUUGGCUAUGCUACGGAUGAAACGGAGGAAUGUAUGCCGCUGACGGUAGUGUUGGCCCAUAGAUUGAAUGAAAAGAUCGCGGAACUGCGUCGCAGUGGAGACUUCUGGUGGGCACGUCCCGAUUCUAAAACCCAGGUCACGGCUGAGUACACCUUCGAGUCUGGAGCAUGCAUUCCGCAGCGCGUGCACACAGUCGUCGUUUCGCUGCAACAUUCGGAUAAAAUUGGUCUGGAGGAGUUGCGUAAGGAAAUCAUGGGCAAGGUUAUCAAAGAGGUGAUUCCAGCCAAGUACUUCGAUGCGAAUACGAUCGUGCACAUCAACCCUUGCGGAUUGUUCAUCAUCGGUGGACCGCAGGGGGAUGCUGGCCUGACUGGACGUAAGAUUAUCGUCGAUACAUACGGCGGCUGGGGUGCUCACGGUGGUGGCGCUUUCUCCGGUAAAGACUUUACGAAAGUCGAUCGUUCAGCUGCAUACGCCGCCCGUUGGGUCGCUAAAUCGCUCGUCAAGGCAGGAAUCUGUCGGCGAUGCCUGGUACAGGUCGCCUACGCCAUCGGUUUAGCAGAGCCGCUCUCCAUCACAGUAUUCGAUUAUGGCACGUCGAAGUAUAGCCAGAAGGAGCUUCUAAAGAUCGUCUCUAAUAACUUCGAUUUGCGCCCAGGAAAAAUUGUUAAAGAUCUUAAGCUUCGUACGCCAUUCUACCAGCGCACUAGCACUUACGGCCACUUUGGACGACAGGGAUUCCCGUGGGAGGAACCGAAGGAACUCGUUCUCGAAUGAUGCAGUAAGAGUGCGGUUGAGCCGCCGACUGCCGUCGAUGAUGCCGCAUACCGCCCGAGAUGCUGUAUGAGCAUGUCGACGAAGUCUGAGGUAGCUUCCGCAGAGCAAGAGGCGAGUGCUUCCAAAAAACCUAAAUUAGAUAUUUAAGAGUUUUCUUCGUUGCAAUCAUAUAUUUUUCACAUGAUGUGCACCACAUUUGGUGUUAGAUAGACAUUCAUUUAAAGUUUCAUACGGUUUAUUUUGGCGAAAUGAUUGCAGCUCCUGUGCAACUAAGUGUGUUACUUUUUUUCUUACAAAAUUAGUCAUUCUCCGCUAAUGGUAAGGAAUUCCUCCUUUUUGGAAGUUGUAUUAUGGAACUAUUUUUGUUUUGCUACACAAGUAUACAGAAUCUGAAAAGAAAUCGUCGUUUGAAGACCACCAUUAGAAACACAUGGAUUGAUUAACAUAAUUUUGUUUGCAUAAGACAAUGCUGCAGCCCCUAAUUAAAGCCCGUCUUUAGCUGUCACCCGCUUACGUAUUUCAGUAAAUUGGGAACUAUUUUCGACAAUUAUGUCCUUCGUGAGUGGGUUAAUAUAAGAUCCCUUGAUAAAAAAUGACACGGUUGUUGGUACGGUUCCGAAGCGUACGUAUAAGCCGAAGAUGCGAUCGCACACUACGAUUCAGGCUAGAUGAGAACACAAAAGUUUAUUGCAAAAGAAGCGCAUCAUGGAUUGACGAAGGCAGUUUAUUGUGUAAGCAAGGAGAAUACACAUUACAUUAAAAUGUAAGCAAAUGAUAAAAUUGUAUAAAAAUAUUGGACUUACCCCGCAGUGCUCGAGCGGAGCUAGACUGUUCAGUUGGCCACAGUAGGAAACCGUUUCAGAUCACAGUGCACCGCCAGGUUAUCUUCCCUGGUGGUUGCUGCCUGCUGCAAAACUUGUUGUGCGGCGUGAGAAAGAUUGCAGCUCUCCUAGAGAGAGAGAGAAAGUGCCCCAUGGUUACCGACAUUUUAUUACCUUUGCCGAAUAAUAGAGUGUAAUCGAAGGACUUAGAGGAUAUAAUGAAAUGGUGUUACCCAUGGAGCAAAAAGCACAUUUGAAAACUGUAUAAAGUAUGGACUAUGAUACCAACGGGGUCCUCAUGACCUGAGUGAUUGCUUAAUAGUUAGGUUCGAGAUAUAGUAGAAAUGGCAGAUGCAUCCAAUUCUUUACUUUUAAGUAAAGAUCGUUCGAUGUCCUUUCAGCCUUUCAGCUUCUUUUCAAUGGUUAUAUUUGUGAGCAUUUAAGAGUGAAAUGGUUAUCGAUAGGUGUCGAUAUGAAAUGCUAAAAGAUUAGAAUCAAAAAGGUGCUUGUUUCGGGAAUGGUACUGGCUCAGUAUAAUUUUGUACACCCAGAUCUAUUAUAAACGCUGGUUAGGAAAUCUAAAGCUUUGUUUUCAAAAUUUUUCUUAUGACUUAAACUACAGGUGUAUAUCACGGAGAUCACUGAUAUUUAUAUGGUCUUACGAACCGCCGCUUACAAUUACAAAUUGUAUACACUAUACGCUCAGUACAUUUUGCACAAAUAUUUUCACUCUAGUAACUGCCGCAUUUUUUUAUGCAAGAUGGAAAAGUGCAACACCUUGGCGUUGUUUUGUGGUUUUAGGAUUUAAAAUCCAUAAAUUUAAAUUCUAAAAGUACGAAAUAUCAUGCAAUCAUCAGAUUGCUUGCUGCUUUAUUUAGAGCUGGUAUUGAUAGCACUGAGAACUAAAUUACACAUCCACGAUAACCUAAGAGUAGUAAUAGGAGGAAUGUAGGCAACUGUAAAGCAAUUAUGAUCCAUGGUUUUAAUAGGCCUGUAUGCACCAACGUGUAGCAUUGCCAAACUACGAACAACCGCGUAUAGGAAAUAGAAACUAUGAAAUGGUCCAUUUUUUAAUAUAGUUUUAUCUUUCUCAUCGUCUAGCACACGUUUUGUGUUGUGUUUACGAAAAGGAUUUUAUUUGUGGAAAAGAGAAUUUUCGAAAAUACUCCGGUCUGCUGAAUAGUUGAAGGGUGCAUCUCGGUACAGAAAAAAAAGAAGAAAAAAUGGGUAUAAAAUAGAAUAAAAACAUUGUAACAUCACAGUUCAGGUAGCAAGAAACUUACAAGUAAUGAUUGUAUAGCUUUUGUUGACGUAUGUUUAACUGAAAAAUUGAUCACGAGGCGAAGAAAAACGCGGAACAUCAAAUGAGUAUGUUGGCAAAAGCUGCCAAAUGGUCACAGUUAUAUGCUAUUUGUAGAUGCUGUGUGCAAAACUCAACACAUUAUAAUAUAGAACAUAAAUGCUUGAGUGGAAUGGAGAGCAGUCGGACGGAUUCAUAAUGAAGCAGCUGUUCCGGUAGAGAGGAAUACGCUGCAUUAUAGUGAAUAAUGAUUGAUAUCUCUGAAGAAAUGCCAUACCUUCAUUAAAUGAAACAAAACGAUCUUAGGUACAAAAUUUAAGAGCCAUUUCAAUUGAAAACACGACCCAGUUGAAGCAAGUAGCUUGAAGAUGCGUCUCAGUGUAAUACACUCCUAUAUUUUGCACCUUAAGUGGUGCCAGUUUGAAAAUGAAGCUCUUUAAAGCAACACGCCAAAAUGCAAGAAAAAUAGUACCGAGGCACGCUCCGUGAGAGUAUGCGGUGUCCAACAAAAAAAGUGUAAAACAAAUAAGAUGCAGCAUAAAACAACAUAAGAGUUUUACGAUUUCUCCUUAACUUGUUCGGUGAGCCGAGGAAACUGGUUUACGAAAGAUGACUCAAAUAUACUUAUUCUG